CAAAUCCAUACCCACUCCUAAAACCACAUUUCCGAUCUUUACAAACAGUACUGUCCUCUGUUACUUCAGUUUCAAAUCCAUGGCAUUGGUUAAGGUUCUGGGCUCAGCGCCGAGCCCGUACGUGAACCGGGUUCAAAUCGCCCUCAACUUGAAGUCCGUCAACUACGAGUUUCUGCAGGAGCAAUUUGGGUCCAAAAGUGAGUUGUUACUUAAAUCGAACCCGGUUCAUAAGAGAAUUCCGGUUCUAAUCCAUGGGGAAAAAUCCAUUUGCGAGUCGCUUAUCAUUGUGCAGUAUAUUGACGAGGUGUGGAUCGAUGGUCCAAGUAUUCUCCCUUCAGAUCCGUAUGAUCGGGCCACGGCGCGGUUCUGGGCUGCUUAUUUUGACGAUAAGUGGUUGCCAACAAUUGUGGUGCUCCGUGACGCAGUGGGAGAGGAGGCAAAAGCAGCAGCACUAGAGAAAGUUAUUGAAGGGCUCGUGCCGUUGGAGGAUGCUUUCACCAAAUGUAGCAAGGGAAAGGACUUCUUCGGCGGUGAUACCAUUGGGUACCUUGAUAUAGCCUUCGGGAGCUUCUUGAGGUGGAUAAGUGCGAUCGAAGUGAUGGCCAAUGUAAAGUUGUUCGACGAAAUCAAGACCCCUAAACUGUUCGGAUGGGCCAAGAUGUUUGGUUCGAAUGCUGCUGUCAAGGAUGUUAUUCCGAAGACGGAGUUGUUGGUGGAGCAAAUCAAGAAGUUUGCUGCUAGAGCCAACGCUCAGUAAUUUUCCAAUUCGGUUGUCACCAAUUCAAAUAAAAUUGGGCUGCUUAGAUUACUCAAGAUGGCCUUUUUUGUCUUUGUCUUUUGAGUUUCUUUUUCAAGUUUGGUUUGUUUUUCUUCUGAGUUUUGUAAUUCAAGAGUGGUUCUUGUUUGUAAUAGUUUUGGAGUUGCUUUAUAGUUUUUGCUUUUUGUGGUUC